GGUACUUAAUCCUUCGUCCUCACCUCCAUCUCAAUUCUUCACUUCAUCAACAUUCAUUUCAUCAACACUCACUUCAAUAACAUCCUUCUCAUUUUCAAUCAACGUAAAAAACUAUCAACAUGCAGCUUCCAGCAGUUCUUCUCGCCCUCUCUCUCCUCCCAGGAGCCUUGUCCUGGUCUCCAUUCUCUUUCCUUUACGAUCCUGAAACUGCACAAUACGUUUACUCGCCCAUCGAGCAGAUCCGUUAUACACUCGCUUUCGAGACCUUUAUCCUCGAUUCGAAGAACUGGACUGCCUUAGAAUAUGUAUACACCAAUGAUGCUAUUGCAAACUUCACUGGUUUGGGAGCCGAACUUUGGAUCGGAAGAGACGACAUUAUUGCCAACGAAAAAAAUGGCUUAGACCACGUUGCACAUGGUGUUCAUCAAUUGACUAGCAGUGCUAUCUUGAUCAACCCGGCAAACGCCAGCGAGGCUCAUGUUUCGACCUACAUCACAUUCAACCAUUUCGACACAAACACGGAAGGAACACAAACGCAUGUUUUCUCCGCAUGGUUCAAAUUUGAAGAUGAUUUCGUUGAUACUGAAUCCUUCGAUGGAACUCCAAGUUCAUGGAGAGUACAGAACAGACAGAUGGUGUUGGUCGGUGGGGGAGUUGGAGAUGACCUUGCAGUUGAGAGACCUUAGGUGAAGCCUGGAACGAAGUUUAAAAGGAGGCAGCGAUGUUUGUCUAAAGAGCGACAAAGCUGGAGUUGAAAGAUAGAAUAGGGGGGGGGGGGGUGAACGGAGGAAACUAAAUUCA